AUGGCGCCAUCACAAGAGACACCUAUCCAAAAAGACCCACACAGUCCGCCGACGCCUAUUUCAACAGGAGCAGGUCGCACGGCCCAAACACAGACCCCGACGCAGCAUCCUCAAGUCAAAUCCACCGCUCCCGACCCGACGCCCGGUACGACGACCACCACUGCAGACUUGACUCCGCAAUCCGGCUCCUCAUCGAUAGAACUCACCACGCGAAAUGACCUCUCCUUGCUCUACCGCGUCCUCCGCCUCCUCAUCAAGCCGCUGCGGCCGCGCCUGGUUCGCCCGCCAAAGACACCACAUCCAGAAAGCAGCCCGCGGCUGUCCCCCCCGAAGAAGCGCAAUAUCGUGAUCAAAGAGACGAAGCUGGAGGGCAUAUGGAUGUAUCAUUUGCAUGCGCUGGGGCCAGGGAGCUCGAAGAAGCAGGGGAUCGAGAAAGCCCAGGGGAACGAGCAGAAAGAGGACCUCGGCAACGCGGACAGCGCAAACAGCGCAGACAGCGGGAGAAGAGCCAAGGGGAGAGGCUUCGAGCGUAAACACCGUGUCUAUUAUUUCUCGGGGGGCGGGUUCCAGUCGCCUCCCUCGGGCGAGCAUUGGCGGUUCCUAGCCCAGCUUGCGCAGGACCUGGCGGGCCACCGAUCCUCCGUCACCUUCCCAGGCAGCCAGCGGUCCGUAGACCCGGCGAGCGACGCGAAGAUCGAGUUGAUCAUGGUCUCGUAUCCGCUCGCGCCGAACAGUCCAGCUACCGAAAGCCUAAGGGUGUUGCGGAACUGGCUGUGCCGGGUGCUGGACGAUGCCGCCGCCAAUAAGGAGACCGUGUCGCUGAUGGGCGACAGCAGUGGGGGCAACGUCAUCAUGUCGCUUGGGUUUUGGGCCGUGCAGAAUUACGAUGUGGAGAGUCAGAGCCAGAGCAAGAGCGCCGCCUUCGACGAGGACGGCCCCGACGACAGCAAAGGCGAGCGAGAGACGCAGAGAACGCACUUCCCGUUGAUUUCGCUGCUCUCGAUAUCAGGCCCCAUGGACUUGACGAAUUCGUCGCCCGAUGUCCCGCGUGCAAACGCGCUCGACUGCGUUCUCACCGAGGAGAUGACGAAGGCUGUGGCUAACAUAUGGUGCGGGCAUGAUCGGAAUCGUCCUUCGCAGUAUUCCCCUAUCGCGCUGUCGGCGCCCGAGGUGUCGCCGCUGUUCCAGCCUGAUGAGGCCUUCCGGGCUCUCAGCGAUAAGAAGCUGAACGUGCAUGGAGUGUAUGGCACGCAUGAUGUUCUCAGCCCCAGCGGGAUAGAGUUCAUGAAGAAGUGCCAAAAGUUAGGCGUGAGGGGCAGGUGGCUCGUGUGGGAGGGCCAGAUGCAUUGCUUCCCACUUGCGGCUGGAGGAGACCGCUUAGGGAUCCGCGAGGGGAGAGAGGCGCGGAAGUUUGUCGAGUCGGUGUUGAGGGCAGAUGCUGAGAUGGAGGACUGA